CUUCCUUCUUCAAACAUCAUCGCCAAUAUGCCAAAGGCCGAGGUCGGUUCAACGAAAUACGUCGCAAACCGCAUGAAGGCCAAGGGCCUUCAGCGUUUAAGAUGGUACUGUCAAGUUUGCGAAAAGCAAUGCAGAGACGCGAAUGGCUUCCGUCAGCACACAAUGUCCGAAUCUCACGUUCGACAAAUGUUGCUUGUCGGCGAAGACCCCAAGAAAUACAUAAAAUCCUACACGCAGCAGUUUCAGUCAGACUUUCUCCAGCUUCUCAGGACCGGUCACGGUGAAAAACAGGUCCAUAUCAACCAAUUUUAUCAGGAGUACAUACGAAACAAAGAACACAUACAUAUGAAUGCCACCUCUUUUGCCAGCUUAACGGAAUUCGCAAAACAUCUUGGUCGCGAGGGAAUCUGCCGCGUUGAAGAAAACGAUAAGGGUAUUCACAUAGCGUGGAUAGACCGAUCUCCAGAAGCCCUAAGACGACAGGAAGCAUUAAGGCGCAAAGAGGCCCAGGAUCAAGGCAACGAGGAGAUAGAACAACGAAUGAUUCGGGAGCAGAUUAAGCGAGCACAAGCCACCGCCGGCAGUCGGGAAGAGGAGAAAGAAGAGGACAAUGAAGCUCGAGAGCUAAAGCGACAAGAAGGCGAGAAGAUCAAGCUCUCAUUUGGAGCGAAGCCAGCUGCUUCUGAAACGAAGUCAUCAGAAAGCCCCGCGCUUGACAUGACAGCCCCUGAAGCAGAAUCUUCGAAGACAGCAGACACAACUACGGACAAAGGGAAAGAGCCGGAAGUAGCACCAGCAAAGCCCGGUGGAUUUGGAGGUCUUUCAAUGAAGCUUGGCGGAAAGCCCCAGACCAAGAACGUUUUCGCCCAGGCCAAGAAGAACGCCCUCGCUUCAGGAUCGAAGAAACCAGCCAAGAUUGAACAGCCAAAGAAAAUGAGUGAGGCUGAACGUAUAAUGAAGGAGGAGAUGGAGAAGAAACGAUCAAGAGAGUCUGCUGGAUUUAGCUUUGGUAUGGGCUCUGGUAAGAAGCAGAGAAACAACUGAGAAUAUUACGGAUUGUCUUACAGCUUGGACUGGGUUACAAGAAUUAUAGCAAAUGGCAUGGGUAAAAUUAUGUUCAGCACAAGAAUUGGAUGGGGCGUUUUUGCUUUAAUCUACCAUCGAUACCACAACGGCCGCUUUUAAAUAAUCACACGCGAUUUUCAUCAUAUUUACUGCCAUGCCAGUCCCUCCAACGCCAGUUUCGCCAGAACCAGUAGAAGAAAUUAUUCC